UCUCUUCCCCUGCGCGGCGUGUUGCAUGGUGGGUCAGGAGCGCUGCGGCAGGGGGUCUGCGAGUCCCGGUGUCGCUCGGCCGCUUCGGGGGCAGCACACGAACCAGCCCCCGCCUCGAAACGACCUCUCAUCGCCGUCUUCGUCGUCGUCGUCGGCGUUCCCUGCUGCGCUGGCUUGCAUGAUUCGACGCGACGGCGCACGGAGUUGAUAGCUGAAGCAGAGUUUCCCCGGCGGGAGCAGGGCGAUGGAGGGCCUCAGGAUAGCCUGCCUCCUGGCGGGAGUCGUCGUAUUCGGCUUCCUCGCCGGUACAGGGCUGGGCAUCUCGUGCUACCAGUGCAACUCGGCGUACGACCCCCGCUGCGGCGACCCCUUCGACCCGUACUCGCUGGGCGCCGGCGACUGCAACGCCAGGCCCAAGCUGACGCAUAUCCACAACGUCGAGGCCACCAUGUGCAGGAAGAUCACCCAGAAAGUGUACGGCAAGGUGCGCGUGGUGCGCGGAUGCGGCUACGUGAACGAGUCGGCGCUGCGGGAGGGCAGGGACUGCUACCAGCGCACGGGCACGCACGACGUGAGCGUGCAGUUCUGCUCGUGCCACGGCGAGCUGUGCAACGCGGCGGCGGGCCUGGCACCGGCGCUGGGCGCGGCGCUGCUGGCGCUGCUGGCGAGGGCCUUCUCAUAACGGCCGCCAGGAGCGCCACCCUCGCCAGCCGCAGGAUAGCAGACACAGUAGCAGUUCCACCUGGUUCACCGACGUAGAGGGGGCGGCAUUGGCAGGCAGCCGCCGCGGCCACCGUAAACCAAAAAUUUAAUCUCAACAUUAAAAAAAAAAAAAUACUAAAGUAAAAAUAAAAAAAAGCUUCAUCUUUGGCCAGUUGACUUGUUCCGACGAAUCAAUACAAAUGACAUUAAACCCUACAUAAACCUUCACAUAGCAGCAUGUCUCUUACGAGAAAAAAAAAAUUGUUACAAAUACAUAAAAUUCAACAGUUUCUAUUAAUAAAUGAAAUUUUAAAAAUAAAACUAACAUAUGCACAGCAUUGUAAAUAGAGCCUCCGGUUACAUCAGAACCUGAGAGGAAGUUCCCCAGGCUACGUUGGGUUGCAUCCUAUCAUCUUAUACUAAUUAAUCAACUAACUAUACCACCCAAAACUUGGUGAUGCAAUCAAGUAAAAAAAAUAAAAUAAGUUUUUUUUUUAAGCAAAAGAUGAAAUUUUCUGUCUCUCUUGUGAAAAAUAUCUCACAGAACUAGGAUUUAAUUUAACGUUUCAAAUUCAAAUAGUUAAUGGAAACAAUGAAAUUAAACUGCAAUGUGAAAUAUAUAUAAAAAAUGCUUAUCUUUUAAAUAUGGUGAAUUUGGAGAAGGAUAUAAAAAAAACCUAAUUUAAUACAUAUUACAUUUUUUUAUUAUUUAACUUAGUCUUCAAGACUGAAAUUUGUAUUAGUAUCCAUAAAAACAAUAGUGUAUUUUUAAAUUAUCAUAAAGAUUGACAAAAAUGUAUUUUGAAAAAUACACUGCCAAAAGACCCAAGCAAGAAUACAAAGAUGUAGACAAAAAGAAAUAUACUUAUCAAUCUUUAUUGUAAUAAGUGUAAAAUAUUAACAUUAAGAAAAGACUCUAAUGUGAAUAACCAAUAGCUUCGUGGGAAAACAAAACUAAAACACAUGGUACGGAAAUGAAUAGCUAAUAGAAAAAAAAGUUAUCAAAACUUUAAGCUUGGGUUGGAUAAGUAUAUUCAAACAAAUCUUUAUUUGUAAUGCUUUAACUAUAUUAAAAAGUUAAUUCUAAAAGAUGAAUAUAAGAAAAAUAGUUAUAAAAUAAUUGUUUUAAAUUUAGUGUGCAUAUUAUAGCUGCAUAUUUUAAGAAGGGAGAAAGGGCUAUUGUUGAAUUUUCUUGUUGAUGUAAGGUGAAGGUAUCAUUUCAUUUGCACAUGCUCACAAUUCAUCCAUUUACUAGUCAUAGGAAUAAUUAUUUAUUUUGCUCAGCAUUAGAUAUAUGCACAAAACAGUAGAAAUAGAAUCCCCAAACAAAAAUUUUAAAACUCAGUAGUAUUAUUUGUAAUAGAAUAAAUAAUUUAAAUGUGACAUUAUCCGAAACUACUAUAUAUUUUCUUAUUUUUUUAUGGAAUUUUCAUUAAUUUGAUUGAAAUAUGGUAGUAACCUUUAACCUGCACAUUAAAUGACACUGGAUAAGGCCGCUUUUGUUAUUAAAAAUUUUCUGUUAGGUAAAUAUAAAUUUUCUCAAAAAGAUAAUUUUGAUUUUUUUUUGGAAAUGUUCAAUUUUGGAAAUACAGGACUCAAUAUAAAUAUAUAAGAUAUAUUUUAAUUCAUCCACCUCCAAGAAUUAUUGUGAAAGCAAUGUUAUUAUUCUUAUGAAUACAAGAAGUACUGCCAUAUUUAAAAAAUUGAAAGGUAAUGAAAAUCAUUUGUAUUUUUACUGCCCGUUAUAAUCUGUACAAAAAUAUUUCAUGCAUAUCUUGUAUUCAACAUGUAAAAUUUUGUUAUUUAAUGUUUCUUGUUCAACUUCAAAUGCUUUUCUUCUUUCAGUGUAACUUUAUGCCUAUUGUACAUAAUAUUAUUGGUAGGAACUAGUACUUUUACGCAGUUUUUAGAAUGGAGUUUAUUUUAUAAAAUUAUAGACUGCUAAGAUAGUUUCACUGAUUAAUGUUAAUAAAAAAAGUGUUCAGCUCAAAAUAUCUUGUAGCUAGUUGCUGAAUAAAUGAAGUCGUGGUGUACUUUUACAUAUGUGGUUGUGAGUCCAUCUUAUAAGUCCAUCUUUCACCCGACGUUCAAGACCUGCCCGUUACAAUGUAUUGUCUAAAGACUGUGGUUUAAAAACCACUUGUUUACUGUUGAAAGGACAUCAGCUGAAGUGCAGACAGUUUCUAACGUACCAUUCUCGACAAAGUGCACCUAAAGAGCUCACUUGAGGUACAAGAUAUGUUGCAACUGAAAAAAAAAAUUACAA